AUGAUUUUCAUCCCCAUUAUCGUCUGGCUAUUAUGCGCCGUGCAUAGGUCAUUGGCAAAUUCGGAUGAUCUGAAGCAAGUCGUCUUAGAGUUGCACCCACUACUAUCGAAGGAUGCUGUUAUCACAUUCCCUUGGGAUGCGCGCUGGGACGAUUUACAAGUUCGCGGGUCUUCUCCACGCAUUUCCCCAAACUACAAUGUAGUCGUCGAAGUAGCAACCGAAACCGAUGUGCAGACAAUAGUUUCCCUUGCUAAUCGGUUCAAUGUCCCGUUCUUGGCUAUCUCUGGUGGGCACGGGUGGACUACGACGCUGAAUGAGCUACCAUAUGGCAUUCAAAUCAACAUGAGAAAGCUCAAUACCACGACGCUCAGCGAGGAUGGAAAGACGGCAAUAGUUGGCGGUGGUACAAAGCAGUACGAGAUAACCCGUUCUCUAUUCGCCUUGGGCAAAUACGCCGUCACUGGACUUUCGAAUUGUGUUUCAGUAGCAGGUCCAUUAUUAGGGGGCGGCCACAGCCUACUCCAAGGUCAAUAUGGCUACUCUGUCGAUGGUCUUGUUUCUGCACGAGUAGUCCUAGCCAAUAGCGAAGUUGUUGAAGCCUCUCGAACCAAGAAUGCCGACCUAUUCUGGGCACUGCAAGGAGCCGGUCACAACUUUGGCAUCGUUACUAGCCUUGAAGUAAAGACUUACGAUGUCCCAUCCGACUGGACGGUUUAUACUCUGAUUUUCUCAUCGGAGAAAGUUGAGGCGUUAUUCAGUUUAAUCAACGACUUUGAGGAUUCAACGGAGCGUCCGGCAAAACUGGCACUAACCGGAGUGUUUAUAAGACUUCCCGCUGUCGACCCAAUCAACCUAACUGCUCCUAAGCCUGUUGUCUUAUACACUAUCGCAUAUGAGGGUUCACAAGCACAGGCUGAGCCAUAUGCUGCACGUUUCAUAGCUCUUGGCCCGAUCUUUACCAAGGUCGAUAUUGUUAACUAUGUCGAGCUAUAUACAGUGACUGGAAACAAUCUCACCAGUCAAGCCUGUACAUCGAAUGAAAACGUUCUAGGAGCUGGUGUUUCAUUGCCUGCUUGGGACAUCCAGGGUGUUCGCAAAGCCUUUACGAUAUUCGGAGAAUACACAGCUGAUCCCCGUUUCAAUACUUCCAUCACGCUUAUGGAGAACUACGGAAUGCAGGGAGUACGCGCUAUUGACCCCGACUCAACUGCUUUGGCGCCUGAGGAGCGCGAACUACCCAUCCUUGCGAGCGCAGUGAUUUGGUGGGCUGGUGAAGACAAGGAAACAACAAAGGUUGCUGAGAGUCAUAUACAUGCAAUGCGCAAUGCUCUUUACAGGGGCGUCGACGAAGAUAGUAGCAAGAAGCGACACUGCUACGUCAACUAUGCAAGUGGAGACGAGUCAAAGCCCGAGGUCUAA